AAAAAAUAUCAGUUUGGCUUGUGCUGCACUCUAGCGGCCAACUCCACGUCCCGAUUGUUGGCAGGGCUUCCGGUAGAGCCGGAUGCAGCUGUCAAUAAACAUGGCGUCCGUUACAACAGCCACCUCAGAAUGGAUCCAGUUUUUUAUAGAUGCUGGUAUCCCGGCUGGCCUGGCUGUUAACUAUGCAGUGUCUUUUGUGGACAACAGGAUCCAGAAAAACAUGCUGAUGGACCUGAGUAAGGAGAUCAUGAUGGACCUCGGAAUCACAGUCAUCGGUGACAUCAUCGCCAUCCUUAAACAUGCCAAACAAGUCUACAGACAGGAUAUGUGCAAGAUGGCCACCGAGGCAAUCAGCUCAGGACAGACCAGUGUUAAGGCCGAACUCCGAAGAACUGCCAAUACCCCUGCCACACGGAUGAUUGCCAACGCCUUGAGCCGAGAAUCCCCGCCUGGCACUCCAGCCCGUCGUCCUGACAACCGCCUCUCCGUGACGGUGUCCAACAAACAGGCCAGCAAGAGUAGCAAAGCAGUCCUAAGUCGAGCAGCAGACGAAGGAAACGGCGUGCCGGUGGUGAAGCGCCGGCGGGUGACAGCGGAGAUGGAAGGCAAGUACAUCAUCAACAUGCCCAAAGGCACCACGGCACGCACACGCCGCAUCCUGGCCCAGCAGGACACCAAAGGGAUGAAACGGACCUCUGUAUUUGAACGGCUCGGAGCAGAGUCCAAGGCAGACACGACCACUAGCAGCAGCAAGGCCACAGGUGUGUUUAGCCGUCUAGGCAGAGCGGAUGAGGAGGAGGACGAGGAGAAGAUCAACAUGGAUGAAAUGGAUGUUGAUGCGGAGGAGGAUGAUAGCGACGGGGAGGGUUCAGUCCUCCAGUACGCAGGUGUUCUAAAGGGCCCCACUCUCUCCCUGAAGAAACCUGCGACCCCCAAACCGGCACCCACCACGCUUCGACGCCUGGGGGCCAAAUUCAAAGUGCCCGUCUGCGAGUCCCCAGCCUCCUCCCCCUCCUCCUCUCCAGACAGCCUCCCCCCUGCCAAGCUCAGUGUGCUCCAGAGACUGGGGAAGCCCCCCAGCACACACCCAGGAGAACCUGCCUCCCCUCAGCCCACCGACACCCAGGACAGCCGGGUGACCAGCACCAGACCCAAGGCCCAGGUCCGGCCCUCCCCGGCCAGCCCCAAGGUCAGCAGCAGCUCCAGUGUAGGAGGUGGAGGCGGGGGGGACUGCCUGGGGGCCCAGAUGGACGUCGGGUCAGUCAGUGUCUUCAAGAGACUGGGCAGCAAGAAGACCUAAGGCCUCCUCACAUCGUCGGUUAGACUUAGUUUGUAACUGUUUUUAUAACUUCUGGUUUUAUAUCCAUCCUUGCAUACAUGGGGGCACGAUGAAAGGGGUCACGUUAUUCACCGUUUUUAAGGUUUUCCAGACGGGCACUACAGCCCUGCGUAAUUGAGAAGUUGCUGUCAGACUGCAGUUCAGUUUAUUGAAGGGAAGUUUGUAGUUACCAGGACUACUGGGCCUCUCCACUUGUCAAGUGUGAAACACAGAGGAGUCAUUAUUCAGACAGGAUAUCCAGACACUCCAGCUGAUUUGCAAGAGCGGGCACCUUUCCCUCUCUUCUGUUUUUAAACAGGGCGUCGUAAACCCCACAUAACUAUUCCUAAAUUGUUUUAUUGUGAAGUUAUAGCGUAAUUUUAAGGCAUGACAUUCAUCAAGCCACCAAGAUAGUGUUGUGUGUACCUCAUAUCCCUUCACAGAAGGUUUUAAGCUGCUCCAUUCCCCACUCCUACAGGAAGGUGAAAUAUUGUCGCAUGUUGAUGACAUAGGACAGAGCAUAUCCAAAGUUGAUAUCAAAAAGGGUUGUGGGGUUUACCUCAGCGUAUCACGUUAGUUCAUGUUCGUUCUAUAAAGCCAAGCUGUCGACGUGACAAUAGGUCAGUUCGUCUGCUAGGACCUCGAUGCUGUUUGCCACGGUUGUGCACAGAAAGGUUGUGUUAAGAAAGCUCAUGUAAUAAAUCAUUUCUAGGGUUGGAAUCAUUCCACUGUACGCUAAGAUAGAUGUGCCUCGCUGAAUGCACCACUGCUCUCAGAACAGCAAUAGCACAGCCUCAGUGGAAGUUUCUUACAGCUCGUGUAACUGCAGUACGAGAUCAAACUCACACACAGAACACACUGCCUGAGUCCUUCAACCGUACGCCCCUCCCCCACACCUUCCUACAACCUCACGCUUGAGUUAAGAUAAUCAGUGUUUAGAUUUAGUAGGAUACACUUACUGUACAGCAAUCCCUGCUUUCUGACUAUGUAUUUCUAUGCCUGAUAGGAACACUUAAGUCUCUCCCAAGUGUGGAGGUCCCUGGUUUGUCAUAGAUAACCCAGUACAGAACCCCAUAGGACCCAGCAUCUCGAUACGUCCCUUUGAGACUUUGCCUAUUUGCCUUUUUUAAUAUUCAACACAGAACUUUUGCUACACUGUACAGAUUUUAAGGAAAUGGAAAUCAUGACAAUGGAAAAAACACAUUGUGCAGUCUUGUUGUUGGAAAGAAGCAACAGAUUAUGGAUUCUUGGGGAACAUGUACUUCUACGAAUAAAAAAACGGAGGAAAGGUUGUGACUCAUUUGGUUUCAUGCCUGUUAUUGAGAUGUUCCAGUGUCCUAAACAUCUGGGAGUAGAUUCCUCAUCUCAGAUCCAGUAAAGCGUCAUUAAAAAUAUUUUUUUAAACAAUCCGAUAUCCGAUUUUGAGGAAUGGUUAGUGAUCUUAAUAGUCAAAGCUAGAACAUGCAGACUAAACACAAAGACACUGGACAGAUAUAAAAUACUUUUAAUUUUUCCACACAAGGACAACAGGACAAGUCCACCUGCAACAAUAUGGGAAUCACUGUACACAAGGAACCUCUACUCUUUAAUAUUACAGCUAUAUUUUACAUUAUACAAGUCCAUUCUCACAGACUGAUUUAUAUAAAUAAGGAGACAUCUUCACUUUAAGUGUUGAAGAUGCACAGCUACCUUGGUCUGGUGCUAAGCACUGUGUACAAAGGAAAACGUUCAGCUGUCAAAAGAGUGUUGAGUUGGCAAACGGCGAUCAGAUAAGAAUUCUCAAAUAGUAACGUAACGGUUGUCUCUGUGUGCUCGAUGGCUACGGCUCUCAGAAUGUUCGGAUCAGUGGCAUCAUCUCAGAAUUGUUAAAUUCCAUUGGAAUGUGGAACACUGUCUAGGUUAGGAAUGUUAAACAAAUACUAUUCCUGUCCAGACUAGGGGAAAAAACACCACUCUUGGCCACAACUACUUAUCUGCUCAUCACACCUGUAAAAGUGUAAUAAAAUGAAUGGCAAUUCAGUUCAGAAAAUGUAGUCUUCCAGCUCCUGGCGGUGUCUUUCAUAGGAGAAAAAAAAAACUUGUUCUUGAUUGUUCAUUCCAAUCAAGCAUGUUGCAGUUUAUCAAAGAAUCUGAUUAACCAAUCCCUGUGUAAAAUACACACCACAGGAUCACCUAGUUAAAACUGUACAACAGUUUCAACUGUUUGAACAAAGUACAACAUAUGAGAAACAUUGAUUUGAUGUGUUGGACAGCCAUGAGAUUUGAUCACCUGAUCAGUGCAGGGGGAAGUGACAAGGGGGUGCGCGUCCUCUCACAGCUUCUGUGGUUUCAAAACAGAUCUUAGAAAGAUCAAAGCUUUCCAGUGUUUUCCUGUUGACGUCCGGAACACCCGUGACAGGGCAUGCACAUGUUCUCAGAUUCCAAAAAAUGCCAACUAAAACUCGUUCUCUUAUCCUUCCGUCUCUAAUCAACAAUAAAUUUGAGACUUGGAAAAUAAAUAAAUAAA